UUUCUAACAAAACGCUCCUAAAAAACCACAGCGUCCUCUCGCUCACUCUGUUCCUGCACUUGUGCCGUAAACCUUAGAACCCUAAAACCCACGACUGAACAAUCCCUAUUUCUCUCAAAUCACUGUAUCCUGCUGAACCCUAUGAUUAUCUGAUCUAAAACCCUAAUUUCUCACCCCCCGUAAGAGAAAUGGCUUCCAUCUCCUCCUCUACAACUCAAUCCUCCAUUAAAAUCCUUCGACAAAAGACCAGUCCAUGGCGUUCAAGCUUCUUCCACCACCCCCUACGGGCUUUCUUUACAAACCCGCCUGCAAAAUCAUCAGAGAACGAGACUCCACCCAUUGAUGGAGAACCCAUUUCGAACCAGAGCCAUGAAUUCUAUGGCGAACCAGAUCAGAGCUCACGAUCUUCGUCAGAGAGAGGUAAGCCCCGAAACCCCGAAUAUUUGGAGGAAACCAUUAUUAGAAUGAUGGCUAAGAGGUCUUGGACGACCAGGUUGCAGAACUCCAUUAGAGCUCUGGUCCCUGAGUUCACAAAACCCCUUGUUUUGAACAUCUUGGAUGGUGCCAAGAAGGCUCAACAAGCUCUGAAUUUCUUUAGGUGGGUCGAAAAGACUGGUUUUCACCACGAUUACUCGACCCACCUCAAGAUAAUUGAGAUUCUUGGUAGGUUUGGUAUGCUUAACCAUGCAAGGUGCAUUCUCUUUGCCAUGAGAGAGAAAGGAGUAGAGUGGGAUGAGCGUUUGUUCAAUAUGUUGAUCAAUAGCUAUGGAAAUGCUGGUAUAGUUCAGGAAUCAGUGAAGAUCUUCAAUAAAAUGAAGGAAUUGGGGAUUGACCCUACGGUGAGAAGUUACAAUAACUUCUUCAGUGUUAUACUGAAACGGGGUCGAACUUUUAUGGCUAAAAGGUAUUUUAAUGCUAUGAUCAGAAAUGGGGUUUCUCCCAAUAUAUAUACUUACAAUAUUUUGAUUUGGGGUUUUUGCCUAUCCACCAAAAUGGCCACUGCUAAUAGAUUUUUUAGUGAUAUGAGGGAGAGAGGCAUUUCGCCUGAUAUAAUCACAUAUAAUACGAUGAUAAGUGGGUGUUGCAGGGUUGGGGACAUGGAAAAUGCUUUGAAAUCCUUCAAUGAAUUGAAUGAGAAAGGGAUGGCUCCAGAUGAGAUUACUUAUACACAUCUGAUUAAGGGAUUUGUUGGGGCUGGUCGAAUCGAAGAGGCUUUAGAUUUUUUCAGAGAGAUGGGUGGCUUGAAAUUGAAGUCUAAUGCAUUGAUUUAUCAGGCUUUGGUGCUUGGUCUUUAUGAAAAUGGGAAGAUGGAUGAUGCACAGACUCUUCUGAAAGAGAUGAUGAAAAGAAAUUUUAGGCCAAGUGACCCAUCGAUCUUUUUGACCGUGAUGAAGGCUCAAUGUGAUGUGGGUAAUUUAGAUGAGGCCAUGGAUAUUUUGAAAGGGAUGAAAAAUUUGAGAAUCUCACCUGAAUCUGCUCAUUACGGGGUCUUGAUAGAGGGCCACUGCAACAAGGGACUCCAUGAUAAGGCAGGUAAGCUUUUAGAUGAGGUUAUGGAGGAUGGAAUUCUAUUGAAUCCCGGUGGUUCUCCUUUGGAACCCAGUGUUUAUAAUCCAAUUAUCCGGUACCUCUGUGAAAUUGGCCAUACCCAAAAAGCCGAAUUGUUCUUCAGACAAUUGAUGAAGUUGGGUGUUCAGGAUCCUCUUUCAUUUAACAAUUUGAUUGCUGGUCAUUCCAGAGAGAGAAUGCCUGAACAUGGAUUUGAACUCCUUAAGAUCAUGGCUAGGAGGGGAAUCCCUUCUGACAGUAAUGCUUAUAGCUCUUUAGUGGAGAGCUAUCUCAAGAUAUGUGAGCCUGCUGAUGCUAAGACGGCUUUAGAUAGUAUGAUAGAGAGUGGCCAUCUUCCUAGCCCUUCAUUGUUUCGAUCUGUCAUGGACAGCCUUUUCUCAGAUGGUAGAGUUCAAACAGCUAGCCGGGUUAUGUAUACUAUGUUAGACAAAGAUGUGCUAGAAAAUCUUGACCUUGUUGCGAAGAUCUUAGAGGCUCUUCUGCUUAGAGGGCAUGUUGAAGAAGCACUUGGAAGGAUUGAUCUUAUGCUUAGGAAGGGAUGUUAUCCUGAUUUCAACCAUCUUUUGACUACACUAUGCAAGAAAGAGAAGACCAUUGCGGCUCUCAAAUUGUUAGACUACUGUUUGGAAAGAGAUUGCAACGUCAAUUUCUCAAGCUAUGACCUUGUCCUUGAUGCUCUCAUUUCUGCAGGCAAAACCUUGAAUGCAUAUUCAAUUUUAUGUAAAAUUACAGAGAAGGGAGGGAUGAAAAAGCCAACCAGUUUUGAAUCCCUGAUAAAAACCCUAAGUGAAGAGGGGAACACAAAGCAAGCAGAUAUUCUCUCAAGAUUGGUCGCCCAAAAGACGUCUGGAGCAAGGAAAGGUCAGAAGGUUGCGAUGAGUACGUGAAAAUAUCUCUUUAUUUGGGCAUUGCUUGAGCUGGGCAAUUUAGGAACGAGAGAAUGGUUUUGAUGAGUACCAAAUGAAAAUUUAUCUCCCUUCAUUUGGGUUUAUUAGCUUGAACUGGAGAAUUUGUGCAAGGAGGAAAGGAUUCUAUCAGUCCCUAUUGAACUCUCUUCAUUUGAGUUUUGCUUAAAUUAUUGAAUUGUGGUAGAUUCAUGCCUGUGGUGCCAUAUUUUCUAGCAUCGCUUAAAUAUGGUAUAUUAUAACAUUUUGUGGCAUUUUUGCCUAUUCUCAAUUUUGCUUUGGCCUGGUAGCAAAUGGUUUUCAUCAAAAGCUGAAAUAAGAAUGACAUUGAUGUCUCUUUUCACCUU